UAGUUUUUGCUACUUGUAACCGUUACUUUUUCUUAACUGCUGUCUGCCGUACCGUAAAAAUCUUCUCUUUUCCGUUUCAGCUAUAGUGGAACUAGUUAAAAUUUCAAUUAUAUUCCACUAGAGAAGUAGUUCUUGCCUUAAAUAAAGACCUUUAAAUGAUAAUGUGGUAACUUACGAUCUAUUAUUGAUACAAAGAUCUUGACGUAUAUUCUGCUCAACCAUGGGAUCCCUGUUCCGAAGCGAGGAGAUGACACUUUGUCAGCUGUUUUUACAGUCUGAGGCAGCUUAUGCAUGCGUUUCAGAGCUUGGGGAAUUAGGUCUAGUUCAAUUUAGAGAUUUAAAUCCUGAUGUGAAUGCUUUCCAAAGAAAGUUUGUGAAUGAAGUGCGAAGAUGUGAUGAAAUGGAAAGAAAAUUAAGAUUCUUGGAGAAAGAAAUAAAGAAAGAUAGCAUUGCAAUGAUGUCUUUCGGAGAUAAUCCUGAAGCUCCACAGCCCAGAGAAAUGAUUGAUCUAGAAGCAACAUUUGAAAAACUGGAGAAUGAGUUACGAGAAGUAAAUACAAAUGCUGAAGCAUUGAAAAAAACUUAUUUAGAGUUAACUGAGUUGAAACAUAUUUUAAGAAAAACACAACAGUUUUUUGAUGAGGCUGAAUUUCAUCAUGUGCAGAUGCACGAUCCAAGUAUGCAAGAGGAAAAUGUCACUCUUCUUGGGGAAGAAGGCUUAAGAUCUGGUGGUCAAGCUCUCAAACUUGGAUUUGUAGCUGGAGUUAUUUUGAGGGAGCGUUUGCCAGCUUUUGAGAGAAUGCUAUGGAGAGUUUGUCAUGGCAAUGUAUUUCUACGCCAAGCGGACAUUGAUACACCUUUAGAAGACCCUGUUACCGGUGAUCAGGUGUACAAAUCCGUUUUUAUUAUAUUUUUUCAAGGAGAUCAAUUAAAAACAAGAGUUAAAAAAAUAUGCGAGGGGUUUCGCGCAACUUUGUAUCCGUGUCCAGAGACUCCAGCAGACAGACGUGAGAUGUCCAUUGGAGUCAUGACGCGUAUUGAAGAUUUAAACACUGUUUUAGGUCAGACACAAGAUCACCGUUAUCGAGUGCUUGUUGCUGCAGCAAAAAACAUUAAAAGUUGGUUUGUAAAGGUCCGAAAAAUCAAAGCCAUUUACCACACUCUCAAUCUAUUUAAUUUGGAUGUCACACAGAAAUGUCUUAUUGCGGAAUGCUGGUGUGCUUUGUCAGAUUUAGAUAAAAUUCAGAUGGCUUUGUGUCGGGGAACAGAAAUUUGUGGUGGAAGUGUUCCUUCUAUAUUACAUAGAAUGCAGACAGCUGAAAUUCCUCCUACCUUCAACCGUACUAAUAAAUUUAGCCAAGGAUUCCAAAAUAUUGUUGAUGCGUAUGGUGUUGCCAAUUAUAGGGAAGUUAACCCUGCUCUUUUUACUAUCAUUACAUUUCCUUUCUUAUUUGCUGUUAUGUUUGGAGACGCUGGACAUGGUUUGUUAAUGACUCUUUUUGCUGCUUGGAUGGUUCUAAAAGAAAAAGGGUUAGCUGCUGAGAGGACUGAUAAUGAGAUAUGGUUGACAUUUUUCAAUGGCCGAUAUAUUAUUCUGUUGAUGGGUUCAUUUUCUAUUUAUACUGGGUUGAUGUAUAAUGAUAUAUUUUCAAAGUCUUUCAACUUAUUUGGGUCAUCUUGGUUUCCGACUGAACGCUUUGGCACCAAGUCUUUACCAAAACUUUAUCAGUUGAAUGCUACAGAUUAUGAAGGAACACCUUAUCCAUUUGGUGUUGAUCCUGUAUGGCAAGUUUCUACAAAUAAAAUCAUGUUUUUAAAUUCUUAUAAGAUGAAAGUGUCUGUCAUAUUUGGAGUUUCCCAAAUGGUUUUUGGAGUAGUUCUAGGCUUGUGGAACCAUAGGUAUUUCAACCAGCCGCUAAAUGUUAUGUGUGAGUUUGUGCCUCAGCUAGUCUUUCUAGUCUCUAUUUUUGGAUACUUAGUUCUUUUGAUCUUCUCCAAAUGGGUUAAUUAUGAUGCAACAAUGGCAGGCUGCGCUCCUAGUCUUCUGAUCAUGCUGAUUAAUAUGUUUUUGUUCAAAUAUCCUGAAGAACCAUGCUACUUAAAAAAUAUGUAUGCAGGACAACAUGUGAUACAAGGAAUGUUAGUUACAAUAGCACUGUUAUGUAUUCCUUGGAUGCUUUUAUCAAAACCCUACAUGCUGUACAAACAGUGGAAAAAUACACCUUUAUAUAUAAAUCAAGAUCCUGCUGCAGGUGAUGGCCAAUUAGGAGAUGGUGUUAUAAAAGAAAAUCAACUCCCUGAACAAAAUAAACCAGAAGAGUUUGAUUUUGGAGAACUCUUCAUUCACCAAGCGAUUCACACAAUUGAAUACUGUCUUGGUUCUAUAUCACAUACUGCAUCUUAUCUUCGACUCUGGGCUCUGAGUUUAGCCCAUGCACAACUAUCAGAGGUGCUGUGGUCAAUGGUUUUGCGUCUCGGUUUAGCUGGAAGUGGAGGCUUUGCACUUUACCUGACUUUUGGUGCAUGGGCAGUUUUAACAAUUGGAGUAUUACUUGUAAUGGAAGGAUUAUCUGCAUUUUUGCAUGCAUUACGUUUGCACUGGGUGGAGUUUCAGAGCAAAUUUUAUGGUGGUAUGGGCUACAUGUUUGUUCCAUUUUCUUUUGAAACAAUUCUUCAAGGAGCAGCAGCUGAUGAUUAACAUAAAUGUUUUGUGGAGAUUAUUUAAACUUUACUAGUGUGAUUAAUUUUAGUCGUUCAAAACGAGUUAUUUAUGUAAAUUUAGAGAACACAAAAAUUUGCAUUUAAAUGGUUUAUUUAUUUACAAAAUGAAUUGAGCUUAUAUUUCUAAGUUAGCUUCAUUUCUAAAUUUCUUUCUUUUAUUGUCGCCAAAUAUUUAUACUUAGAGAUUUCUUUGUUGAUUUUUAUCUUUUUUUUUCCUUAUCUUUUUCUUUGAAAUUUUAUUCUUAGAGGAUGAUUUCUUUGAAAUUUUAUUGCUACAAUUUUGCUUUUUUUUUUUUAAUAUAUAUCAAGUAAUGUGUAGUUAGUUUCUAUAACAGCUUUAAAAUCAAAGAGAAAACAUGUCUGUCAUGAACUGAUAGUGAAUAUGGCUUUUAUAUUUGCCAUGACGUCUAUAACUUAUUUGCAUUUGUGUUACAUGUAUCUCAUUUUUUUCAUGGUGUUGCAAUUUGCAUUUGUUUUUGUAUGAGUGAUCUGUUAUUAAUGAACUUUUAAACUCAAAAAUUGUUUUUUUUCUUUGUAUUAGUGUUCAUCCACAUUGAAACCGAUUCAUUAUAAAAUCUAAAAAUGAUUUAAAUCAAACUUUUAAACUUUUCACUUCCCUCAACAUAUCUCUGCUCAGGAGGUACCUUCAUUAGGUUAAAACCAAACUUGUGAAAACUGAAAAUCUUAAAAGUAUUCUUCCCUGCUUUUUUUUUCUAUAUUUUUGGGUAGGAUUUCUUUCUUGGCUGUUUCAACUAAUCUCAAGUAUGAAAUAUAAUAUACAUUUGCUUUAAAUGUAAGCAAUUCCUGCUCUUGUGACAUCUACUUCCAACACAACGUUCCCAUUUAAUAAUAAUAAAAUAAAAUGAAAUAUGUAGAAAGUGGAGCAGAAAGUAACAUGAACAGUAUUGGAGAAAUUUAAAGGCCACAAUUAGGAUAGAAUAAAGUAAGCAGUAAAAACUAAGAAAUCCAAAAAAUGUCAAAACUGCAAGAAGAUUAAAGAAAAAGUUUCAUGUUUAAUUGCGCAAUAAAGCAUAUUAUUUUAGAAAGGAAUGAAAAGAGCAAAUUUAUAAAUAAAUUUGUCUCAAACUAAAUUAAGCUGAUUGAGCCUUCCCAGAACUUUUGAGUUAGGGUUUACUAAAAAAAAAAAAAGAUAGAAUUAAAAAUUAGUAUGAUUCUUUGAACUUCUUAUUAUUCAUUUAACUUAUUAAGUUUUAAUUUUAAAAUUAAUUUUGAUGUAUCAAAAUGUCUUAAAAGUAUUGUUUUUAAUUUAUGAAUCCCAAUGUAAUGAAGUGUAUAGAUUAUUAUUUCUGUGAAAGAAUUAAGCUUGUCACCCAACUAAAACUUUCAGAAAAAAAACCCAUUAUUUUUAAAGGUUUUGUUAAGGGAACAUGAGGGGGAAAGGCACACAUCAGUUUUAAAUUAGAAAAUAGAUUUAGAUUUUUUAAAGAUAUUAUAAGUAAUCAUACGUAAGUUUUAGCUUGGAUGUCA